AUGAGCUGUUCCUACGCCCCUUGGUAUCUCACAACAAUCCUAUCACAACCAUCCCCCACAAUCGUAACUUCAAGCUCACAUCUACAACCUCGCAUCGAUCUGGCUGGUAUAGCUCCUACCAUGUCCAACACCCCAGAUCUUCCAACAACCAGCAAUGCGUCCGAAUCCAUACCCGAUGACGUAUGGUCCGCGGACGCCAAUAUGUCUCAUCCCAGCAUCUCAGUUUACAAGCUGGAAAUGGGCCGGGAGUCUUCGCCACCUUCAGAAGAAGAACAAGAUCCAGAGCCGGAACCACCAACAGCCCUCGCACCCGCAAACCCCUCUCCCACGUCCUCAUCAACAUCCCCCAUCCAACCCACACCCUCUCCUCAAGCCCUAUCCAUCCUAUCUUCCCUCCCACUCACCGCCGCCAAUAACCCAACCCUCACCUGGCUCUUCAACAACCUGCCGCCAAACACGCAGAUCUACUACCAGCAAACGACUCCCACAACGAGCACGCUGGUCAUAACGCUCCAGACCUCCACUGGCGAAUUCCUCCAAGAAGCGACGUUCUCCGUCGCGGAUGACGGCGACAUCCAUAUCGACGGACCGGGUUUUGGGCCGGGUCGCGACCCAUGCUCUCAACACCGCAACGCUAUCGCCUUCGUGGAUUCCCUUGAAGUCGCGCACGUGUCCGCAUUGCUGGAUGCCGUUUGGCGUUGCGGAUGA